CACUCCGAACAGAACGUAGAGGAGCGAGCUUACUGGAAAGCUGGAAGUCCGGCGCGGGCCCCUUUGACGUUUAAAACCACGCGGCGAACUGUAAAAUCUGCCCGAAAGAGUCUCUCCCUCAUUUACCGUUUAACAAGUUCUUUUCGCAUUUUCGAUUCGUCGCCCGGCUAAUCUCUGAUUAUUUUUUUUUUGUUUCUUUUAAAUUAUUUUCCAAAUUUCUUUGCUGCUCUUACAACUCACCCGAUUGGUCGAGGAGGGAUACAUUAACCUCAGGAGACACGAGUUUCGCUAUCGAGGACACGCGGAUCAGUGCUGAAGAGAGAAAAUCAACGGAAUAUUAUAACGUGCGAACGUAGAUAAGUUCGGUUCGAUUAUUUCGUGGUGGAUAUCACAGCAACGGAAUAAAUUCUUUUUAUUUCACCAAAGCGAGAUACUGUGCUUGUCUCUACGAGUGUACGAUACCUUUGAAUCUUAAUAAAAUACCGCGGCGAAUAAAGUUUGUUUCUGUUACCAACAAGAAACUGCAGGCGAUCGGCAACGACUGUGAAUUAUUCUGACAGAUUUUUUGUGCCCUGUGAAAUUUAUUGUUGGUGAGGCUAUCCUUUACUUUUUAUUUUCGCUUCGUUACUUUCGUGUGUGUGAAAAGAAAUCCCAGUGAUUUAUCAAGAUCGUGAAAAGACAAACCUUGAGAGAAAUGGAAAGACUACAACUCGUUCUCAUCUGUCUACUGGGCUUUGUUGUGGCGGAAAACACGUCGACGGACGACACUUCAAGAAUUUCUCACACAGACAACAGCUUGGAGGUUGAUACCGUGGCACAGGGUAUCAAUUGGGGCGAAUGGUCUCCGUGGUCGAAGUGGUCGAUCUGUUCAAGAUACUGCGGUGGCGGUAUAAUACGUCAACAGAGGAGAUGCCGCAGGCCGCCUUGUAGAGGACGUUCCGUUCGUUACAAGAUGUGCAACGUCGAGCCGUGUCAGAAGCAGGACGAGGGCGGAAGCGACUUUCGCGCAGAGCAGUGUUCAGCCUUUGACGAGGUGCCCUAUAGUGGGAAUCUUUUAAGAUGGACACCUCAUCACGACCCGAGUCGGCCCUGUUCGUUGAUUUGCCGGGGCGAACAGAGGCGGGAUGAAGACCCGGGGGACAUGAUCAUCGGCGAUAAAAUUCUCCAACGAGACGACAACGUCCUCCAGGAAUCGGAAUCGGACGAUUUCGUCGUCGUUCAGCUCGCGGAAAAGGUGGUGGACGGUACCCGAUGCCGAGCGGGAACCAGCGACGUCUGCAUAAACGGGGAGUGCAUGAAGGUGGGUUGCGACCUCCGGAUCGGAAGCAACAAGAAGAUGGACGCCUGCGGGGUUUGCGGAGGGGACGGUUCGACGUGCGGGCCGAUUUACUACUGGGCUUUGGUGCCGAUAACGGUGUGUUCGAAGCCCUGCGGCGGAGGUUUCAAGAUGGCGAUGGCCGUCUGCAAAACUAGAAGCACCGACGAAGAAGUGAUGGAUUCUCACUGUGACCCAACCGAAAAACCGGACAAGUCGCUCGUCGCCUGCAACGAUCAACCAUGUACUACAGAGUGGACAACGGGACAAUGGACCGAGUGCAGCGCAAGCUGCGGUGGCGGAACAAGAACAAGACCCGUAUUCUGUUCGGAGGAGAGCAAUGAAACGAGUACCAAACUUCCCGAACACAUGUGCAUCGGUUCGCACAGGCCAAGGCAUCAAGAGACCUGCAAUACGAUAUCCUGUCCCAUGUGGGAAACGAACGAGUGGUCAGAGUGUUCGGCUUCCUGCGGUUCCGGAAUUCGGACGCGUUUUGUCAGCUGCAAGGACGGCAAAGGACGCGUUUCUAAGGACUGCGACAUCGUGGAAAAGCCGCACAAUGAACAGGAGUGUAGAUCCGUAGUAUGUCCGACUCCAAGCAUAGAAGACGAGUUUAUGCGACCUCUGAGGCAACCCUACCCGCCACCACCUGUACCAGCGAAGUUAAUCGGCCAACCGAUUCCUUCCGAAUCGACAUUCAUUGCAGAGGAAUGGUCGCCGUGUUCGGUGACAUGCGGCGAGGGCAUCCGACGUCGAGAAGUGCACUGCAAGAUAUUCCUCGAAUUCAGCAGAACAAUAGCAAAGUUGCCAGACAGGCAAUGCUCGGGACCGAAGCCCGCCGACAUAGAAAAGUGCGUCCAGGAACCUUGCGGGAUUCUGGGCAAUAGUCUUUCUCACAGAAUGGACACCGUCAGGGAUAGCGGCUAUGCCGAGUCCAGCCUCGCCGAUACCUACCGAUCCUCUUCGGGAGGGUCGGGGGGCAGCAGCUACGAGAGCAGCGUUCGAGUCGCCGCUGGCAGCGCGACUCAAACGAGCUACUCUUGGAACGAAAACGGCUACACUCACUGCAGCGCCUCGUGUCUCGGCGGCGUUCAAGAGCUGAUCAUAAAUUGCGUCAGAGACUCAGAUGCUCGAGUGGUGACACCGUAUCUUUGCACCCCGGAAACAAAACCGGAGUCACGAAUCAGGACCUGCAACGAUCAUCCCUGUCCACCAAGAUGGAACUUCAGCGACUUUGCACCGUGCAUGAGCCCCUGCGGAUUGGGAAUUCAGACACGUGACGUGACGUGCAUACACGAGGUUGCCAGAGGAGGCGCGAACACGGUUCACGUACCCAACAACAUGUGCCCCCAGCCUCCGCCGCCGGACAGACAGUAUUGCAAUAUAUUGGAUUGCCCUGUGAAAUGGAACAUUGGAGUCUGGGGAAAGUGCUCCAAGACUUGCGGCGGUGGUGUAAAGAAGAGAUACGUAGCCUGCGAACAAGUCAUGGCGCAGGGCCAUCAGCAGCCACGGCCAGAGUCCGCGUGCGUCACCCAGAAACCCGCCGAGCAGAGGCCCUGCAAUACUCGGGCCUGCCACGACCUCGACUCGAACGCACAGCCUAUUAUUUCAAGCGAGAACACGACUUUCAGCCAGUCGGAUCCGAACGAAAAGGUCGAUCUCAAAAUCGGUGGUACGGCGAUUGUAUUUCACGGCACAUCGAUCGUCAAGAUCCGUUGUCCGGUGAAAAAAUUUGACAAGGCUCACAUUAUAUGGACGAAGGACAGAAUGGAGCUAAGGAAGUCAAAGAAGUACAAGAUCAGCAAAAAGGGCGCACUUAGAAUAGUUGACGUAAGCUACUCGGACAACGGUGUCUAUGCUUGCAUAGCGGGACAUUCGCAAGCAGAGGUUCGUCUUUUGGUGAAAGUGAGACCCGGCGAGUACAUGAGCAGCGAAGAAAUCCUGCGGCACGGAAAGACGGUCCAUCAUCAGGACGCUAGUUUGGACUCAUCACCUUCGCUGUCCGGCGAAGUGCUUCACACGGAUUACGCAGCACCAGCCUACGGCAGUCCGUUCUCCUUCAACGGCGAAGAUUUCAGUCACGAAGCCCAUCCCGAAGGAAUAGUCACCCCUAAACCGACGCGAAAACCGCGAAAAAAGAAACAGAAGCCGAGUCCGCUUCCGCCGGACGCGACGAUGAUUCACGGCGAGUAUACCGUGACUUCGCCUCAUCAGCCGGGAUAUCAGGAGUCGGUCGAAUCGACAGCAACUUCAGGAACUUCGAGCCUUUUGCCCCACUUAAACGGAUUGAUAUCGAGGCUAAAGGCCUAUUGGCCAUUUCAGGGUAACGCGAUAGGAAACCGGGGUCACAGGAUGGCACCACAUUAUGUCGAGGAUUCGAGGAGCGACGAUAUUCCGACAACUCGAACUCUCAGGGAUCGGAAAGCUGGAAGAAACUUCGCGGACGAAAUCGACAGCGACUUUGGUAUUUUACAAGGAAACACGGGGAUACCGGAUGAGAAAUUUGGCCCAGACGAGGAGCGGAUAAUCAUCGACGACGACCCGUACGACCUGGACGAAGCGAUAUUCGCUCUUCAAAACGGCGACGAGUCUAUAAGCACGCCAAAGAUAACUUACAGAAAAAAGCCGGCCCCAACUUUGUCGGCGAUAGAUUUCAUCGAGGAAUCCCUGAGGAACGCGAAAAGGCACGAGGCCCAACAAAGUGCGCAAGAAGUUCGAUUACAAGACAGGGAUGAUAUUAAGUCGAUUGAUCUCGCCGAGGAAUUACUGUCAGCAAUGAAACGGAGCAACGAAGAAAAUUCGAGUAAUGCCGAAACGACGCGGAAAGUUCAAGAACCGGCAGACUCCAAGUCCUUUGCAAAAGAAGGAUUUCCCAAUAGAGGAAACCGGGACAGCACUGCUACAAAUAACUUUGGAGAAGCUUUGAUCGAUGAGCGGGAGAAGAGGAUGAACGACGAAGCCUUGCCGGUAACUCGAUCAGCGAGCGUGAAUGAAAUGAACUCCGUGAUAACGAGCGAACCCGAAGUGACGGAGAAUCAGACGUCAGAGGAGACGCAAUACCUUGGAAAAGUGGAGUUCAAGGAGGACGAGGUCGAAGAAAAUACUCCGGGCAACGAUCAACUGAACCCGAACUACGGAAAUUCCGAAUCACCGGAAGAAUCGAGUGAAAGUUCGACCAACCUCGAGUCGAACGAAGAAGCGUUGAGCCCCAGUCCCGAAGGCGAGGAGGUCGGAAAUCCCCGCGGCACCAUAAGUACUUGGGAAAUUUUCACCUCGACCGCGUUCGAAAACGGAAACAUCGACGACGAGUCGACUUUACAGCCUGUCGUCAUUUUAGGAAAGAGCAUCGUUGAGGAGCUCAAGUUUGAAUGGGUCACAACGGAAUGGUCCAAGUGUUCGCAGACUUGCGGUGGCGGCGGUUUUCAGAUGAGAGGCGCUCAGUGCACCGUGAGACCCGUAAAGACCGCAAUAAACGCCACUCAGGUCGCCCCGAAAACAGCCGUCGGUGCUACGCUGUGCGAAGACGCGGGAAUUUCGAUUCCAGAAAAGGUUCGAGCCUGCGGGGGAGAAAGAUGCCCGCAGUGGCAUGCCGGGGAAUGGACGCCCUGCGAGACGUCGCGGUGUUUCACUUGGCAAACAGCAAUGCAGAGGAGGGAAGUUACGUGCCGCAUUACGGAGGAAGGGGCCAACGGUACGACGAACGCGACUGUCCUCGAUGUCAGCAAAUGCGAGGAGAGUGUCAAACCCCCCCAAAGACUCGAGUGCUAUAACGACGAGUGCAAAGGUGUAUGGCGGGUUGGCGAAUGGUCGGAAUGCACCGCUUCCUGCGAGGAGGAUGGCGUCAAGUACAGAAUCUUACAGUGUGUCUGGUUUGGGACGAAAAAGGCAGCGGGCAACGCCUGCAGGGACGUUCCACGACCUUCUGUUAUGAAAACGUGCAAAGGACCACCUUGCCUCCAAACAACAGAUCACUGUAAGGAUCUUUCGCAGUUCUGCGGUAAAGUAAAAGCAAUGAAUAUGUGCCGAGUGCCUCUUUACGAGAAACAGUGUUGCCAAUCCUGUCGUCAGCAGUCCUAAGACAGCGUGACGAUCUCGAAUCAAGUGACGGCACUGAAAUUGAAGAGAAGAUAAAAGGUUAGACAACAGGACAAAGAAGAGCUAGAUUCGCGAAAAGAUGGAGAAAAUUUUGCAGCUAGAUAUGUAGAAAAGAAGAAGAUUAGGGAAACAAGAAAAAUGGAAAAAUUUGUUAUAUGAGAUUGAAUCAUGAUUGAAUACCUCGUAGGUAUAAAAUUGGUUGAAAAUUGACUAAAGUUGGCAACGUGACAGUUGCAGUGUAUUGUUUAAAAAUACGUUAAAUAUUAUACAAAAUAACAAGAUAUAAUAUACUAUAUAUACAUAAUUUAAGAAUUAUAGUAUGUGGUUGACCGACUUGUUACGCGAAUAAUAAUCUUUACCAAUUUCUCCGAAAUUAAAUAUUUUUAUCAUUUCUCUUCGCCGAUAAAUUAUAAUUUCGUUGCCACUCAAUACAUGUAAACAAUAUAUUUUACGUAUUUAAGCAAGCAAAUUAGGGAAAUCAAGAAAAUCGUUUUUUGUUUUCCACAGAAAAUUAUUCAAAUUACCUGAAAUGCAAGAACGUAAAAUACUAAAAAAUUGACGACAUCUUAUUAAACUUGAAAUUACACUAAUUAAGCUGUAACAUGCAGAGAUUAAUUAUAAUUCCGGGUUAUUUGGCGCGUUCCUUAAUGUCGACUAAAUUCCACAGUAGGUACUAAGCCAUAUGUGAGGGAAAAAAAAAACACAAUAACACCGCGCAUCUCGGACAAUUUUCCAAAACAACAAAUAAGCGAUAUUGUUUCAAGUCUAACUGUGAAUUUUAAAUAUACGUUACAGUCACCGUUUCAGAAGAUGAAAAAAAGGACUUAUUACUCUACGCGAAGUUGAUAAGAUUAUUGUCAUUAAAGUAUUUCAAUGUUGGUGCUUCACUCGCACAUAAAAUGGCUUUAACGUAAAAGUAUUCAAAGUUAAGUAAUAAAAAAAAUAAUAAUAACAGUAAUAAUAAUAAUAUAUUUAAUUAUAUACGAUUUAGACUAACUGCGAUUUGUAUUAUUGUUUUACUGAUUAUACCGUAUGAUUUCAAUUCCGUGCAUGGUAAUUUAUAUUUAUAUUUACUAACCACAGCGCAGUUUCAUAUAUUCACAAACCAACGCGCGAACUGUUUAAACAUACCUGCAAGAAUCGUUCUUCAAGACUGAGCAAUAUUUCCAUAGAUCGGAAGACCGUAGCGGAUGCAAAAUAUUUUGCUGUGUAUAUCUUACAGGAGACUAGUAUCUCGAAGGUUUUUCAAUUUUUCAAGCAUCAUAGAUCACUGCUUGGCGAUAGUUGAGAAAGAAAGUUUUAGUUUCCUUUUUCGCUAAAUUUUUAUCCAAUAUUUAAACAAAGAAUCAAAUUGUUUGUCCAUUGCAGUUUUCUCUGCUUCGUUCAGUAUUUUGAAAAAUUUCCAUUACUGUACGUGUUUGAAACACGUAAAGAGGAUCUCAAAGGAUAGCGGUGUUAUUGCAGUGCUUCGAUAAUUUUACUAGGGGUUUGAUUCGAUCAACUGAUAGAAGAUGAAAUUAGUAUAUUGCGUAACGGGGAGUCAAACUCAGGUCUUUUCGAGCCAAGCUCAAGUUUGCAAUACGAGUUAUAGGUGAGUCGAAAAUGAAAACAUGCUCGCGUUAUAUAAAUACAUUCGAAUAUGUGCCAUUCUUUAUUUUGUGACACCAUAAUCGUUUCGUACUUAAUUAGAAAUUCAUACUUCUGAACGCUUUUGAAAUAACAGUGUGAUAUUUUCUCAGAUUCAUGUUCAAAUAUAGUAUAAUGAGAAUACCUAUUACGAGAAUAAUAUAAGAAAAUAUUUUAUUGCUUGAGAUAUAUUCCCUUGAAUCAAGAAAAGCUGGUGUGCAUACAACUUACAGGUAUUACCGCACGAAGUCUCAAUUAAUUACCAUAUGUGAUACAAAAAUUGAAAUAACUGUGUAAUGUAUAUAAAUGAAUAGAUAAUACGUGUAAAUAUAAUAUAAAUAGGCAUUUUGGAAUAUAUAAUAAAAUGAUAUAUAAUUUC